UUACUAAUUUCCUUACAACAAGAUUUUAAUAUUGUACAUGGAAAGAUUUAAAGCAAUGUUGGCCUUAUACGGUAAACAAGGAAGUUAAAAACUACUAAACACUUGCCAAAUGUGGUGUGCUAAAGUCUGUCUAUAUGUCAUGCCUUUUGUGUGCCUGCUUUAACUGCUUAUAAACAGACAGCGUGAUGUUUAUGAAUGUCACUGCACUACUUGUAGCAUGAAGUUGUAUCCCUCCACAUCACUGCAAGCAGACAUUCCAUAGAGAGUCCAGGGGCCCAGCAUGGGAAACCUUCUUAAGAUCUUGUCCAGCAAAGACACCAGCAAAGACGACUUCUACAAUGUGUUUGUGGAUUUUGAACGAUGUAAGCCGACUGACAGUGAGCUAGCGGUAUGGCAGAAGAUACAGGGCGUGCUAGAUGAAGCCCAGCAUGUUCUGGGGCGGCUCAAGUUGUACACAGGGGCUGCUGAGGCCAUCAGAAAUGCCAUUCAAAACCCAAAGGAUGAUCACCUUCAAGAAAAAGCCUGGACAGAUGUUAUGCCACUGGUAGAAGAGUUGAAAAAAUACUAUGAGUUUGCAUUGGUUUUAGAGAGCACCGUACCUCUGUUGUUGCAAGCCCUGUGUUCAGCAGACAUGACUGCAAAAGAGCAUCUCGAGAAACAGCAGGCUCUGUUCAAACAGUUCGCAGAAAUACUGGACUUUGUCCUCAAGUUUGAUGAUCUAAAGAUGACCAACCCAGUGAUACAGAAUGAUUUCAGCUACUAUCGGCGCACACAGAGUCGGCGACGCAUGGUCACUACGGACGUUGAGUUGAAUGGGGGAGAGUGUGUACCACAUGAGGUUGCCAACCGGAUGUCGCUUUUCUACGCUCAGGCCACACCCAUGCUGAAAAUGCUCAGUGACACCACUUCCACAUUUGUGUCAAUGCACAAGGAGCUUCCAGUAGAGAACACGACAGACUGCCUUUGUACAAUGGCAAAUAUCUGUCGUGUGAUGACAGAAAACCAUGAAUACUGUUCCAGAUUUGAGAACGAGGCAACAAAGUUGUUCAUUUUACGAGUGAUGGUUGGUGUCAUUAUUCUUUAUGACCAUGUACAUCCUGUUGGAGCAUUUGCAAAGAGCUCUGGGAUAGAUAUGAAAGGCUCAAUAAAGUUGUUAAAGGAGCAGCAAGAACAUGGCAGACAGGUGGAGGGAUUGUUAAACGCUUUACGAUAUACAACAAAGCACCUUCAAGAAGAGACAACGCCAAAAAGUGUGAAACAGAUGCUGGGAUAGUGCAUGAAGACCAAAUAUAUUCAUACCUUUAAUAGCUCAUUAAUAAGUAUUAUUGGGAAAGAUUCAGAGAUAAAUAUCAUAAUGCUG